AUGAGUCCGGGAUGGAACGACCCACCAAACUUGGGAACACCAUCACCUGGCUCUGGAUCCAGCCGAUUGGCUCAUCUUCGUAAAAGAUUGGUUGAUCCAUCGAUAUCGGGAGGAUCGAGUAAUCCCGGCAGUAUAAUGUCGCAGCCAGGUCACGGGCCUCCAGCUCACAUGUAUGCUGGAAAUACUAACAGAAUGGGUCAUCAGCAAUCUCAGUCGGUUUGCUCAGCUCCAUCUCCAGCAGCAGCAAACUCUCAGUCGUCGAUCGCCAAUCACGCUCAACCCUAUCAGCAAAACAUUGGAAUGCAUAAUCAGUCACCUGCGGUGAUCUCACCGUCCAAUAUACCUCAAAGUAACGCCGUGCAAAUGCAUCUACCUCAGCAACCUGAUCAGGGGUAUUCAUCAUCGGCUACAUACUCCUAUUCGGAAACAGUUCCACCAGCCAACCAGCAAAAUCAAGCUGGACAUCAAUUCACCUCUGUUUCUGGACCAGGAUCGAAUCCGCAGAAUGGUGAUGGGAGCAACUCGCAGUUUUUUCAUCAACAACAGUAUCACGAAGCUCCCCCAAUAAGAAGGUAA